AUUGCGUGAGUAGAAAAGUGACUGAAUCUCCAUUAAUAUCCCCCAGAGACUUACCUGUAGUAAAUCCCACCACAAAUUCGACACCAAAUGAAUCGAGUGGUCGCUUGCCUAUGUGAUAGAUAUAUGCAAACCAUGUAGGUAUUUAAUACCACUUUAAAAGAAAAUGCCAGACGGAUGCUGGAACAGUAUCUGUUGCAGAGUAUAGAGAGUGGUGUGAUACGACGGUGAUAUUUGGAUACGAAUAGUUUGUUUAUGAUUAACAUAAAUGGAAAACAAAAGUAUUGUAUCAAAUACCAUCUCUGCAGAUCUCCACCAGAGUUGGCAUAUACCAAGACCCACACUAGCUCGAAGCUCUCAAGGCUCAACUUCAAGCAACAAUAGUACUCAGAGUAUAAAAUCUGGAUCGUUAUUACUCACUGCGGCCAAUUUAGCAAAAGUACACAAGCAUGAAACAAAGCACGGCACAAAUCGGGACAGUAAUCUUCAGUACUACUUACAGCAAGUCAAUAAGGAUACCCUUUCGAUACCAAUGCCAACAAAGAAACAAGAUACAGAUACAGAUUCGAACGCAAGUUCCAUGCAUUUCACAGUAGUGAAUGUUAACACAAAACCACAAAUGAAAUCAAGAAGCUUUUGUCGCAAACAUCAGCUUUCAAUUUUAAUCAUAACCAUGUCCAUUCUAUUCACAGUAGGAGUACUCGUUGCAAUUUUGUGUCUUGAAGUGCGUGCAAGAGGACGAACUCACUAGCGGCGAACAAUUCAAUUAUAUUAGUUAUUUAUGAAUUAUAAUAGGUAUUUAAAGAAAUUUUUUAAGCUUUGCCUUAAUGUUACUGUGAUAUUUUAAACAAACUAGUAACAAUAUUGUUAUAUUUAAUUUUAAAAAAAUAAGAAAAACCUACCUCGA